AUGGUCAGUUCUUACAAGAGAGGGUCUGAUGAACCUAGCAGGAACUACCCACAGAGGUCUGGCAGAAACUCCACUUUUUUAGGCUACCGAGGUCGUGGAAGUUACUUUCACGACCGGCAACAAGUAGGAGGACGAUCAGUUCCAAUAACCAGCACCAAACCACAGAAGGACAAAGUGUAAACAAGGUAAAUGUACAAUCUGUACCUGGUUUGUUACAGGCUGGUAGUUUAUCUUGGAAUCUAACCAAAUGGAGGGAGUUUGCUAGUGAUCCAUGGAUCUUACAAACUGUCUCAGGUUAUCACCUUGAGUUUGAGACAACCCCUCAUUAAGUAAAUCUUCCAAAGUUUCCUAAAUUUUAGUGAAAGGGAAACUGCUUUAAUUGAGUCAGAGAUUAAAAAGCUAAUUUCCAAGGGCGCUGUGACUAAGUGUCUCGUUGUGAUAAAGAAUUGAUUUUUUGAUUUUUUGAUUUUUUGAGACAGGUAGAUACGACAAUCUACCACGUGACGAAAGGUUAUGCAAUCUCUGCAAUUGUAACAGAAUUGAAGAUGAAACUCACUUUUUAUUAGAUUGUCCAAGUUUUUCUUCGAUAAAAGAUAUGUUCUCUAAACUACAACCUAAAAUACCGUUUCUGCGACUACAAUCACAUGAGACCUUAUUAUCACAUCUGAUGAAUUCUACUGACUAUUUUAUUAACAUCCAAUUAAUUUCAUUUUAUCAACUUGCUUUGAAUUGAGAGACAAACUUAUCUCCGGAAUAAUUAAUCCUACUGAUGGUUAGAAAUAAACAAUGAUUAAUAAGUUUCAAAUUAUUUUAAAUAUUUAAUUUACAAGGAAUCAAUGAGUAAUUUCAAGUAGAUUUUGCAAUACUGUUAUACUUUGUUAUGGUCAUGCAAAUAAAGCUUAUUGUUGUUGUUGUUGAUUUCUACAGUCUGUUUGGUUCCCAAGAAGACCGGGGACUUUCGGCAAGUUAGAAACCUUAAGCCCUUAAAUCAAUUUGUUGAAAAGAUUCAGUUUAAGAUGGAGAAUAACCGCUUGGCCUUGAAUUGUAUUUCUCCUGGGGACUUCAUGGUCUCUAUUGACCUUAACGAUGCUUACUUCAGUGUACCUGUUUUCCAGCCCCAUUGUAAAUACUCACGUUUUCUAUGGAAUUUCAAGCGUUAUGAGUUUACUUGCCUACCUUUUGGGUACAGCCUUGCACCCAGGGUUUUCACUAAGAUUUUUAAGCCUUCUUAUAGCAUAUUUUAGAUUUCUUGGCUUCAGGGUUAUUAUUUUCAUUGAUGAUCUCAUACUUAUUGUAAGCUCUUAUGAUGAGUAUUUACAGCAACUUGAGGUCUUAAAACAAACUCUUUGUGAGUUGGGCUUUACUGUCAAUGUUGAGAAAUCUCAGCUGGUUCCUAUCACAUAAUCACUGAGAUCCUUUAUUUGGGUUUCAUAAUUAAUUCCAUAGCAAUGAGAUUGCAGUUGCCGGCUGUUAAGUUAGAGAAAAUACUCUCGGCCUGUAAAGCCGCUAAAGUAACUGGGCUGUUAGUUUCUGCACUCCCGGCUGUGAAUUACUGUAUCUAAAGAUGCAUUACUGUUCCUUAGAAUUAUGCAAGACUCAGACUUUGUCUGGAAGCCUUGAUUAUGACAAGACACUAUCUUUAAGCUCUCAAGCUCGUUCUGAUUUACAAUGGGUCAUUGAGAAUAUUACCCAGUGGAAUGGUAGACUUUUUCACGUUCCGAAAAUUGAUAUUUACAUCGGGAGUGAUGCAAGUUUGAUUGGUUGGGGAGCCGUGAGUGGUAGCCUGUCUGCAUCUGGCCGAUGGUCUCAAAGUGAAUCCAAACAUCAUAUUAAUUAUCUGGAACUUCUAGCAUCAUUUCAUGGUCUCCAGUGUUUUGUGUUUAACUCAAGGUCUAUUCAUGUUAGACUUGCAGUUGACAACUCCAGUGCAGUGGCCUAUAUUAAUAAUAUGGGGGGUGUACGAUCCCCCUUAUUAGAUUCAUUGUCCAGAAGUAUUUGGGAAUGGUGCAAGUUGAGGGAUGUUUUCAUUUCUGCUCAGCACAUCCCAGGGAAGGUUGAUACUCAGACCGAUACCUUAUCCAGGGAAAUCUCCUCUAAUUUGGAGUGGUCCUUAAAUGGUGAGGUUUUUCAGGAAAUUAUUUCUCGAACCUUUAUUCCUGAGAUUGACCUCUUUGCGCCUUUAAGGCUUAAUGCCAAGACUGCACAGUUUAUCUCCUGGCACCCACAGCCAGGUGCAGUGGCUAUAGAUGCCUNAUACUUUGUUAUGGUCAUGCAAAUAAAGCUUAUUGUUGUUGUUGUUGAUUUCUACAGUCUGUUUGGUUCCCAAGAAGACCGGGGACUUUCGGCAAGUUAGAAACCUUAAGCCCUUAAAUCAAUUUGUUGAAAAGAUUCAGUUUAAGAUGGAGAAUAACCGCUUGGCCUUGAAUUGUAUUUCUCCUGGGGACUUCAUGGUCUCUAUUGACCUUAACGAUGCUUACUUCAGUGUACCUGUUUUCCAGCCCCAUUGUAAAUACUCACGUUUUCUAUGGAAUUUCAAGCGUUAUGAGUUUACUUGCCUACCUUUUGGGUACAGCCUUGCACCCAGGGUUUUCACUAAGAUUUUUAAGCCUUCUUAUAGCAUAUUUUAGAUUUCUUGGCUUCAGGGUUAUUAUUUUCAUUGAUGAUCUCAUACUUAUUGUAAGCUCUUAUGAUGAGUGUUUACAGCAACUUGAGGUCUUAAAACAAACUCUUUGUGAGUUGGGCUUUACUGUCAAUGUUGAGAAAUCUCAGCUGGUUCCUAUCACAUAAUCACUGAGAUCCUUUAUUUGGGUUUCAUAAUUAAUUCCAUAGCAAUGAGAUUGCAGUUGCCGGCUGUUAAGUUAGAGAAAAUACUCUCGGCCUGUAAAGCCGCUAAAGUAACUGGGCUGUUAGUUUCUGCACUCCCGGCUGUGAAUUACUGUAUCUAAAGAUGCAUUACUGUUCCUUAGAAUUAUGCAAGACUCAGACUUUGUCUGGAAGCCUUGAUUAUGACAAGACACUAUCUUUAAGCUCUCAAGCUCGUUCUGAUUUACAAUGGGUCAUUGAGAAUAUUACCCAGUGGAAUGGUAGACUUUUUCACGUUCCGAAAAUUGAUAUUUACAUCGGGAGUGAUGCAAGUUUGAUUGGUUGGGGAGCCGUGAGUGGUAGCCUGUCUGCAUCUGGCCGAUGGUCUCAAAGUGAAUCCAAACAUCAUAUUAAUUAUCUGGAACUUCUAGCAUCAUUUCAUGGUCUCCAGUGUUUUGUGUUUAACUCAAGGUCUAUUCAUGUUAGACUUGCAGUUGACAACUCCAGUGCAGUGGCCUAUAUUAAUAAUAUGGGGGGUGUACGAUCCCCCUUAUUAGAUUCAUUGUCCAGAAGUAUUUGGGAAUGGUGCAAGUUGAGGGAUGUUUUCAUUUCUGCUCAGCACAUCCCAGGGAAGGUUGAUACUCAGACCGAUACCUUAUCCAGGGAAAUCUCCUCUAAUUUGGAGUGGUCCUUAAAUGGUGAGGUUUUUCAGGAAAUUAUUUCUCGAACCUUUAUUCCUGAGAUUGACCUCUUUGCGCCUUUAAGGCUUAAUGCCAAGACUGCACAGUUUAUCUCCUGGCACCCACAGCCAGGUGCAGUGGCUAUAGAUGCCUUUUCUUUGAGCGCUGGGCUAAUGAAUUGCUAUGCCUUUCCUCCUUUUAGUUUGCUACCUCAAGUACUAGCCAAGAUUCACCAAGACGAAGCCUUAGUUUUUUGUUAAUUGCACCGGUAUGGCCUACCUAAAGUUGGUAUCCACUUCUGUUACAGUUGUCAACAGUUCAGCCAAUCUAGCUUGUUGCCUCUUCUAGACAACCUCCUGAGUCUCCCUCACAACCAAGAACAGCACCCGCUGAGACAGAAACUGAACUUGGCCGCUUGGACGUUAUCAGGAAAACUCUGUCAAACAAGGGAUUUUCAAAGCAAGUAGUUGACAUCAUCUGUGCAUCUUGGACAGCUGGCACUGAGAAACAGUACAAGGGAGUGUGGGACAAGUGGUCUGGGGCUGCUGUCAUAAACGGCAAAUUGAGUUACUUCAAGCUUCUGUCAUCCAGGUUAUGGAGUUCUUAA